CCGUGCUUCCGGGACGUUGAGGGUCUGCGCGGGUUCGACGCUUAUGUCUCCUCCGGCUCCGCCAGUGACCCGUGUUCCUCCGGCCCCGCAUGCAGAUUAACAGGUAUGCCAAAGGAAAAAUAUGACCCUCCAGAUCCCCGCCGAUGUUACACCAUCAUGUCAUCCGAGGACGUAGCCAAUGGGAAGAAGUCUUACUGGGCUGAGCUGGAGAUCUCUGGGCGGGUGAGGAGUCUGAGCAGCUCGCUGUGGACGCUCACUCACCUGACAGCGCUGCACAUCAACGACAACAACCUGAGCCGCAUCCCGCCGGAGAUCGCCAAGCUGCCACACCUGGUCUACCUGAACCUGUCGUCCAAUAAGCUGCGGAGCCUGCCCGCCGAACUGGGCAACAUGGUCGCUCUCAGGGAAUUGCUUUUAAACAACAAUCUUUUGAGAGUUCUGCCUUACGAGCUUGGGAGGCUGUUCCAGUUACAAACCCUGGGGCUGAAAGGAAAUCCUUUGUCCCAAGACAUCCUGAAUCUGUACCAGGAGCCGGACGGAACCAGGAAGCUUUUGAACUACAUGCUCGACAAUCUGGCCGUGCACCCAGAGCAGCUCCCCCAAAGACCCUGGAUCGCGCUGAAGGAGCGAGACCAGAUGAUGCCGGCAGCCGUGUUCACGGUCAUGUGCUACAACGUGCUGUGUGACAAGUACGCCACGCGGCAGCUGUACGGCUACUGUCCGUCCUGGGCCCUCAACUGGGAGUACCGGAAGAAAGGCAUCAUGGAGGACAUCACCGGCUGUGACGCUGACAUCAUCAGUCUCCAGGAGGUGGAGACGGAGCAGUACUACGCCAUGUUUCUGGAAACGCUAAAGGAGCACGGCUACGACGGCUACUUCUGUCCAAAGUCUCGCGCCAAACUGGUUUCUGAGCAGGAGAGGAAACACGUGGACGGCUGCGCUGUGUUCUUCAAGACUGAGAAGUUCACGCUGAUCCAGAAACACACCGUGGAGUUCAACCAGGUGGCCAUGGCCAACUCGGAGGGCUCCGAGGUCAUGCUGAACAGAGUGAUGACCAAAGACAACAUCGGCGUGGCCGUGCUGCUCGAGGUUAACAAGGACAUGUUCUCCGGUGGCAUGAAGCCUCCACAGGAGAAGCAGCUGAUCCUGGUGGCCAACGCCCACAUGCACUGGGACCCCGAGUACUCGGACGUGAAGUUGAUCCAAACCAUGAUGUUCCUGUCGGAGCUGAAGAGCAUCGCUGAGAGGGCCGCGGGCUCCACCGGCUCGCCGACCUCCGACCCCUCCUCCGUCCCCAUCGUCCUGUGCGCCGACCUCAACUCGCUGCCCGACUCCGGUGUGGUUGAAUUCCUGAGCAGCGGAGGCGUGGCUGAGAACCACAAGGACUUCAAGGAGCUCCUCUACAGCGACUCUCUGACCAACUUCAACUGCAACGGCAAGAACGGCACCUCGGACGGGAGCAUCACUCACAGCUUCCAGCUGAAGAGCGCCUACGACAGCAACCUGAUGCCUUACACCAACUACACCUACGACUUCAAGGGCGUGAUCGACUACAUCUUCUUCUCCAGGAACCACAUGAGCGUCCUGGGCCUCCUGGGCCCGCUGGACAGCCAGUGGCUCACCGACAACAACAUCACGGGGUGCCCCCACCCCCACAUCCCCUCGGACCACUUCUCCCUGCUGGCCCAGCUGGAGCUGCGCCCCUCCCUGCCCCAUCCGCUCAACCCCCUCAACGGGCUGCACCUGCCCGUCAACAGGUAGUGCAGCCUGACGGGGCCCCGCCCACCCGUCCUGUCCCACCUUUUAAACACUGCCCCCCCCCCCCCCCCCCCCUCUCCAGCUUUCUACAGGACCCUGUACAGUUUACCGAUCACGAUAGACCUCAGACUCCAUCCAACCCUCUCCAGCCCUGAGACACACUGACCCAGAGGGAGUGAAGUAUUCGCCCUGGUUGUUGCUCCUCUUUGUGUAUUUGAUUUUCUCCCCCCCCCCCCAACUCCCCCUUAGAAAUCAAAUGUUGGGCUCGGGAUGAAGCUGCUUUCUUUUUGCCGUCGACCUUUUUAAGAAUUAUCCUCUGAAUUUGAUUUGGGUUAAACAACACCCAAACACACACUACAAACACAUCACCACAAUAAGUUCAGAUUGUUAUAGGAGGACGUGAAAGGUUUGUUUACAUCAGUGUAUGUUUUAAUAUUUUUGAACAGCCAAGAAAACUCUAAAAUACUUAAGCCGACGAUACGAGAGAAAAUACUUUUUAAAGUACUAGGCUUUUUAAAAAAAAACCACAAGAUAACUUUGUUGUAACGCUAAACUGGUUUGUUUCAUGGGAACUAGAAGCUGGAAUCACCUCACGCCACAGGUUGAUGAACCACUGGUGAAUACAGCACUAGGGGGGGGGCAGUUCAGGGGGCACUCAGACUGCCCCCCCCCCCCCCCCCCUCAGGUCCAUUCACUUCCAUGAAUGUUGAACCUUCUCCUCGAUCGUCACAGACGUAUCGUGUUAAUCUGGACGAGUGUAAAAGAUGCAACUUGUGAUUAACAUUGCCACCAAAUUACCCCCCCCCCCCACCCCCCCCACGCCCUGCCCCCUCCCCCGCCACCUGAUACACUUUGAAUUGUUUUUAAGACGGGAAAUAUAUCAGCACCUCAGUCCAGACGCAGACACACAAUGCCCUUUAGCUUCUGCACGUGAGCGGCGUCUUCAGAGCAUCGUCCUGACUCCCAGCACCUGACUGGCCAAAGAUCCCCCCCCACACACACACACACACACACACACACACAACAAGUGACUUACACUCUGCAGAUAUUAAGAUUAUAUUUAAUUAUUGCUGCCAGAGGCAAAAAAAUUAAAAGCUCCUGCAAAGAAUCUGCUUCUGAUUCGAGAGCAGGAGGCGAAUGUAUUUCCCAGAAGGUUCCUCUCCACUCUGUGUCUUUGUGUCAGGGGACUAGAACCCAGAGCCCUCUACGUACACUGGGACUCAGGGCUCUUCUAUGCAUCGAGCAGUACCUCUCAAACUCCAGACUCUCUGAGUCGCGUCACACGAGCAAAACCGUUCAGGAAGCUGUUCUGAAAAUCCUUUAUAAGCACAGGUAUGCGCGUACAUGCAUAUAUGUUGUUGAAGUAGAAGUCCCAUGUCCUGGUGCUUUUUGAUAAAACCACCGGCGCACAUAUGAUCCAGUCCCCAAAUCUGGCAAAUUAAACGAGUACGAUGCAAAAAAGUGUAGAAAUUGAUUUGGUUCAGACUCUUUAAAGGUUUUCAAACAUCUUGGUCAUCUGGUUUUGUUUUAGGACGUUUGAGACAAGUAUCAGAUGGUUAGUUCCAGGACCUAUUUAUACUUAUUUAAAGAACAAAAACUAAUUCAAAGCCAAACUUCUAAAAUAGUUAAGUAUAAACCAGUGGCUCCAGAAUGUGAGAUCAGCGUCGUGAGAUAAUUAAUGAGGCAGCGAUCAAGAAAACUCUAAAUCAUAUUGAUUGGUACGAAGAGAAGAAGCUGAGGUUCGAGUGUUUGUAUUCACAUCAGUUGAACUGGCCUGUAGGGGGCGCUGUCGGCUGCUGCUUCGGGUUGCAUGUGAUUUGACUUGAACAAGUCGGCCUCUGGUUCCUGAGGGAUCGAUCCCCGUGAGCAUUUUGAGGCUUAUACUUCACUCCUGAACUCACCUCACAGGGCUUCUCUGACUUUUUGUUUUUUUGUACAACAGCUGUACAGAAAUGAAACCCUUCGCUGGGUUAGGGUUAGGGUUAGUCUCUGGGGACGGGGCGUCUUUCACAUGUCGAGAGGGGAACGUACCAUUCUCCAGACAAAGGGGCGUUUGUCUUCGUCACAAGUCGUAGAUGUACUUGUUAUACUUUUUCCUUCUCCCAGUGCAUAUGUGCAUAUGUGAAUACCAUACCUCCACCCGUCUGGAAAACCCCUGAAGACAAAAACCAACGUCCCUCUGUCGAACUUAGUCUUUCAACUGGCACUUUGUACGACUCAGUAUCACCGGGUCUUCGAGAGGAAAAUCAAAGCUCUAGGUUUAAAAGCAGUUUGUGUUGAUGGCUUUUAUUUCUCAUCGUCUCAAAGCUUUUUCUCUCGAGACGAUUUUGAUUUUGAUUUUUAUUUGACGUGUUCAUUUGGCUUCGUCCUCACGCGUCCUCAUCAGCUCGGCUCCUUCAGUUCCUCCGUUAACCAUCGAUACCUCGCGGCUUCGUUUCUGUAGAGUCAGCGUCACGUGACCUUUCUACAAACAACGUGCCUAGUUUGUACAACUCCUCCAACAGCAGCACUGCCCAUGAGACGAAGACGCUCAGAGUAACCCAGCGCCAUCAUGCACCCACCCAUCCAUCCAUCCAUCCAUCCACCCAUCCACCCAUCCAUCCAUCCAUCCACCCAUCCAUCCAUCCAUCCAUCCAUCCAUCCAUCCACCCACCCAUCCACCCAUCCAUACAUCCACCAUCCAUCCAUCCAUCCAUCCAUCCAUCCACCCAUCCAUCCAUCCAUCCAUCCAUCCACCCAUCCAUCCAUCCAUCCAUCCAUCCAUCCAUCCAUCCAUCCAUCCAUCCAUCACUCCUUCCCGAACCAAACUGAAGAAUCAUCGCUCACUUCAGAGUUUGAGGACAAAUCCUUCAUUUCUGCCGCAGAUCUGAAAUCCACACUUUCACCCGUUUUGUGUUUUUUGUUCCUUUUUUCUUUUGCUGAUUCUGCUGCAGAUAAACGAGCUGUGUUCUCCACAGGAUUAUCUAAACUGCCAUUGCAUGCAAGUUCUGAAUGUAAAAAAGAAGAAUCCUGUCGUUCACUACCUGGCCCUGGUUUUUGUUUUUGUUUUUUGUUUUGACUGUUACGUUUGUUGAGGUUUACAGCAGCGUGGUCCUGAGACACACGCGUCCAUCAGGAUUUAUCUGAAGAGUUGUCCGUUGUCUCAAAGCUGCUCUCACGUGUUUGACGGCGUCCAAUCGGUUCGCUGCAGCCAAACCGGGAAACAUGAAUUCAAAGGAUAUCGUGUAAAUGUUUUCCCCUCGCAGUGUAUUAACCUGUAAAUAACACUGAAGCCAGAUAAGACUGAUAAAACCGAGAUUAUGACCUUGAACUGAGUUUGAAACGACCUCUAGAAUGCUGCUGUGUAGAGGGUGUGUCCUGUUCAUCAUGUCAACGUCUCGUUAACAACACUGACGAUGCACAGGUUGGUGUUCUGGUUAAUUUGUGGAAAUCUGGCCAAUAAAAAAAUAUAUAUUUCGGAUUUGGGAAACGAGAAAAGGUAAAAACGUUUUAAAAGUCAGAUUGACUUUAUAAAUAAAAAUUGUAAUUUGGGAAUCUGUCAAUUUUAAGAGAGAGAAGAUUUAAGGAAACCCCCCCGGCUGGUAUUUCUGUAAACUCUCUGCCCCUGCAAACAUUUUAAGUAUUUUAAAGUCGCUGCUUCCCAGCAACUUUCAGCAGAUUUAUUUUAUCCAUGUGUUAAUAGUGCAGUGAAGUGAAACCGGGUGAUGUCCCUCAGCCGCCACCAGCAGUCACCAACUCCAGGUGCUACUUUACUCCUCCAGAGGAUUUGAAAGAGCUGCACUCAAACCUGAUCUGUGUGUCUCGCAUGUUGAGUUUCCAUUUCACCAAACUGGUUUUCAGUCGCUCGGCCUCCACCACAGACGGGAGGUGUCAGGGGGGGGGAGUCGAGCUGAAUCAGACACAGCGGGUUUUGUUCUGUGGAUUCAAUGUGUGCAUCGUGUUUUGGCGAUUAAACGUCACAAAGACAAAAUAUGCGUUGGCUUGUGGGGACGAGUGGAGGUUGUUGUGUUGUGUCGGUGGAGGCGCUGACUUUGUGUUUCUCUGACUCGACAACAGGACAAAGAAAAUACAGGUUUAGCCUUUGUAGAGGUCCUUCUUUUAUUUUGAAAGCCGAGUUCCCGCUGCACAUUGCAGUCUAAUGCAUACGAAUGAAGUUGUUCUCAGUUGUGUCAUCAGGUCAUUUAACAACUUCACCCAAAGAACUUGAUACAUGUAAAUGAAUGAAUAUAUAUAAAUAAAGAGAUUUAAAAUCAAUGAAAAGUC